AUGUCGAGUAGUGUUAAGAACUUUACAGUGGGAUACAAUCCCCUAAACAAAAGCAGCACUUUCAGUAGUGGUGAUUAUCUCACGGGACAAGUUACAUUUGAAUUAACUAAUGAGUGCGAAGUACAGUCACUCUUUGUAAAGCUGAAGGGAAAAGCUCAAGUGUCAUGGACUGAAAAUCAUGGGAAAACAAUCGUGACUUACCAAAGCAAAGAGAAGUACUUCAGCAUCAAGCAGUUUGUCAUUCAGGAAUCUAUGGGCAAAAAUGUUCUUUCCCCUGGCUGCCAUGUCUACCCAUUCACCUUUCAGAUUCCAGCACAAGACCUGCCGUCCUCCUUCAAGAGCUCAUGUGGAAAGAUUUUGUACACAGUCGAGGCAAAUCUGAACCGGUCGAUGAGAAUGGACAGCAAAGCAAAGGCAGAGUUUACCCUCAUCCAAAAGAGAAACACCGAUCCAGCGUUGAUGACCCCACAGCAAAAUAUGAUUGAUAAGAAAAUGAAGCUCUUCUCAUCGGGAUCUGUGGCCAUGGAUGUAAGCAUUGCAAAAACAGGCUUCUGCCAAGGAGAAGGCAUAAGGGUCAUGGCUUCAAUUCAGAACAAAUCCUCUCGUGACAUUAAGCCCAAGUACUGUCUGUACAGGAAAUACAGCUACUUUGCAAAUAAGAAAAGGAAAGUUGAAACAAAAGACAUCCUGAAGGAGGAGGGUGAAGCCAUUCCACAGUCUGCAGGUCAGACUGUCACCAGGAUCAUCACUGUACCUUCCACCGUGACCACCUCAGUCCUAAACUGCAACAUCGUCAAAGUAGAGUACAGACUCCGGGUCUAUCUGGAUGUGAAGUAUGCUUCAGACCCAGAAGUCAAGUUCCACAUAGUCAUCCUGCCUGCUUUAGAGGGGUCUGAUAAUCAGCAGUCAUCUGACUUUUUGACCAGUGAAUUUGACCAAUUUCCAAAUCCUUACAUGUCAGGGGGGAUGAGCUUUCUACAAAAUCCAGCUGCCCCUGAACCUUCUGCUCCACCACCUUCCUAUGAGGCAUAUGGGAUGUACCCCUCUUUGACAGGUUUAGAUAGAAAGCCCUAG